GUAGUCGAAAUGAAUAAACGAAAUGUCUGGAAGUACGACGAAACGAAGGAAUUGUUGCAGAUUAUGAUGGAGAAAAACUUUGCCGCGGCGUUCACCACGAAGCACCACAGGAACGUAGUGAUCUAUCGCAAAAUAGAGCGGCUGUUGUUUCUCCGCGGGUAUCCGCACAAAAACUUCGGACAGAUUGCGGUGCGGUGGAAAAAUCUGAAGAAUUUGUACAUGCGAGCCAAGCGCAGUAACGACGCGAACCAACGGCAGUUGUUUCCGUUCUACGAAGAGAUGGAUGUGCUGCUCAAUUCGGUGAAAACGAACCCGCCGGAAUCGAGUUCGGAGCGGGUGGUAAACGAUGGCGAUACAGACGAUGUCGUAGAGGAAAUGGACGAUCGCUCUCGGGAAGCUUCGGAAGAUCGAACGGAACAGGACGAGACCACCGAACAGAAUCCCAAGCAAAGUUUACCACUGUCUGCACGAUCUUUGCGAAGGAAUCCCCGUGCCUAUGGCCGACGCCGAUCGACUGGCUUCCAUGCAAUAAUUGCGGAGAGCAAGCAGGAACUGAGCGAUGAGUUUUAUCGAACACAGAAACGGUUGAUUGAUUAUGAGUUUAGCCUUCACGCGCAGAGAGAAGAAGCGUACAUGAAAGAAAUUCAGUCGUCGACGAGGGCAAUGCUCGAGGAGCAAACGGAACGGUUUUUCUGUCGCCUGAAUGAGUUUAUCCAAGAUCUUAGCAGCUUUAAAGCCAGCGCCGAAGCACCCACGAAGUCCGCGGACCUAGAACCGGUGGACUGAUUUGCCCAUGACGAGAAAUCCGAUCAGCAGCUUAAAAGUAGUGUUUAUUUCCUUUUUAUUAUUCAUAGAAUAGAACAUAUGAAGUG